GUUUUGUUUUGGGGUGUGGGCGCAGCCGACUCUUGGCUUUCUGUCUGCCUUAGGAGAAUAUCUUCUUUGGAGGUGGGGGUGGGUAUGGAGAAUGUGUCAUUGAGGGUUAUGGGUAGGACCCAGGGACGUGAGUAAAGGGAGGGAGUGGUCUGCCGGUGGGGUCUGCCCAGCAGACAAAAUAUGGGGCUCCCAUCCCCUGAAGUACAACUUCUCUCUGAGUGAGGAGAAAAGCAUCCGUAGUGCCUCUCCCAGGGACCCACAGCGCAGAGAAAAUCGACCAAGAUAAGAGUGAACAGAGGAAAAAAGAUGUUCACGAAACCCCCUGCCCUUGCUCCGGACGAGCGCAGCAGCCGAGCUGGCGCUCCAAAGCGGGUCUUGAGGGCUGAAGGCAGUACUGUGGGUGAAGGCUGCUCUCAGAAGCUGGUGACUACUGACCUGCUGCGCUUCCUCUUGCUGGUCCUCAUCCCGUGCAUCUGUGCCCUCAUUGUGCUGCUGGUGAUCCUGUUCUCCUUUGUUGGAACAUUAAAAAAGGCCUAUUUCAAAUCAAAUGGUAGUGAGCCUCUAGUGAUGGAUGGUGAAGUCCAAGGACCAGGUGUUCUUAUAAAUAAGGCUUAUAAUGAGAGCACAAGGGUGUCCUCCGUAUCCCUCCACCAACCUUCUCCAGCCGGGACUCCCAAUGCUUCUCUCUCUGGGGAUCAGAGGCACGGGAAUGCAAGUGCCUGCAUGACCAUCACCCACAGCCAGUGUCAGAUUCUGCCCUACCACACCACGCUAACACCUCUCUUCUCAUUUGUCAAAAACAUGGACAUGGAGAAGUUCCUCAAGUUCUUCACGUACCUCCAUCGCCUCAGUUGCUAUCAGCAUAUCAUGCUCUUUGGCUGUAGCCUCGCCUUCCCUGAGUGCAUCGUUGAUGGUGAUGACAGGCAUGGCCUCCUGCCCUGUAGAUCUUUCUGUGAGGCUGCAAAAGAAGGGUGUGAAUCUGUCCUGGGGAUGGUGAACUCUUCCUGGCCAGAUUUCCUCAAAUGCUCUCAGUUUAGAGACCAUACGGACAGCAGCAACAUCAGCAGGAUCUGCUUCUCACCACAGCAUGAACAUGGAAAGCAAUUGCUCUGCGGAGGGGGCGAGAGUUUUCUGUGCACCAGUGGCAUCUGUGUUCCCAGGAAGUUGCGGUGCAAUGGCUACAACGAUUGCGACGACUGGAGCGAUGAGGCCCACUGCAACUGCAGCGAGGAUCUGUUUCACUGUCACACAGGCAAGUGCCUUAAUCACAGCUUUGUGUGUGAUGGGUAUGAUGACUGUGGGGACCUCAGCGACGAGCAAAACUGCGAUUGCAAUCCCACAAAAGAUCAUCGCUGCGGGGAUGGGCGCUGCAUCGCAGCUGAGUGGGUGUGUGAUGGGGACCACGACUGUGUGGACAAGUCUGAUGAGGUUAACUGCUCCUGUCACAGCCAGGGUCUGGUGGAGUGCAGAAGUGGACAGUGCAUCCCCAGUACCUUCCAGUGCGAUGGGGAUGAGGACUGUCGGGACGGGAGCGACGAGGAGAACUGCGGUGACAGUCAGACUCCAUGUCAAGAAGGAGAUCAGCGAUGCCUCUACAGUUCCUGCCUUGAUCCUUGUGCUGGUAGCUCUCUGUGUGACCCAGGCAGCAGCCCCAGUAACUGCAGUCAAUGUGAGCCAAUUUCUCUGGAACUCUGCAUGAAUUUGCCCUACAACCAUACACAUUAUCCAAAUUAUCUUGGCCACAGGACUCAAAAGGAAGCAUCUAUCAGCUGGGAGUCCUCUCUCUUCCCUGCACUUGUUCAAACCAACUGUUACAAAUACCUCAUGUUCUUUGCUUGCACUAUUUUGGCUCCCAAGUGUGACGUGAACACUGGCCAACGCAUCCCCCCUUGCAGAGCCCUAUGUGAACACUCCAAAGAGCGUUGUGAGUCUGUUCUUGGGAUCGUAGGUCUGCAGUGGCCUGAAGAUACCGACUGUAAUCAGUUUCCAGAGGAAAAUUCAGAUAAUCAGACUUGCCUCCUGCCUGAUGAAGAUGUGGAAGAGUGCUCACCCAGUCACUUCAAGUGUCACUCAGGACGAUGUGUUCUGGCUUCCAGAAGAUGCGAUGGCCAGGCUGAUUGUGAUGAUGACAGUGAUGAAGAAAAUUGUGGUUGUAAGGAGAGAGAUCUCUGGGAGUGUCCAUCUAAUAAGCAAUGUCUGAAGCACACAGUAAUUUGUGAUGGGUUUCCAGAUUGCCCAGAUAGCAUGGAUGAAAAGAACUGCUCAUUUUGCCAAGAUGAUGAACUGGAAUGUGCCAACCAUGAAUGUGUGCCACGUGACCUAUGGUGUGAUGGCUGGGCCGACUGCUCAGACAGUUCAGAUGAAUGGGACUGUGUGGCCCUCUCUAAAAAUGAGAGCUCUUCUUCAUUCCUGACUGUGCACAGAUCUGCGACAAAACACCAUGUAUGUGCAGAUGGCUGGCGGGAGAUGCUCAGUGAGCUGGCCUGCAGGCAGAUGGGUUUAGGAGAACCAUCUGUGACAGAACUGAUUCAAGAGCAGGAAGACCAGCACUGGCUGAGGUUACACUCCAGCUGGGAGAAUCUCAAUGGGACCACCUUGCAAGAGCUGCUGGUGCAUGGGCAGCCUUGUCCAAGCAGGCAUAAGAUUUCUCUUCUGUGUACUAAGCAAGAUUGUGGUCGCCGCCCGGCUGCCCGAAUGAACAAAAGGAUCCUUGGGGGUCGGACAAGUCGUCCUGGGAGGUGGCCAUGGCAGUGUUCUCUGCAGAGUGAACCCAGUGGACAUAUUUGCGGCUGUGUCCUCAUCGCCAAGAAGUGGGUUCUGACAGUUGCGCACUGCUUUGAGGGGAGAGAGAGUGCUGCUGUUUGGAAAGUGGUAUUCGGCAUCAACAACUUGGAUCAUCCAUCUGUGUUCAUGCAGAUGCGUUUCGUGAAGACCAUCAUGCUACAUCCCCGCUACAGUCGAGCAGUGGUGGACUAUGACAUCAGUAUAGUGGAGCUGAGUGAAGACAUCAAUGAGACAAGCUAUGUCAGACCAGUUUGCUUGCCCAGUCAUGAGGAGUUUCUAGAACCAGACACCUACUGCUAUAUCACAGGCUGGGGCCACAUGGGCAACAAAAUGCCUUUUAAGCUGCAGGAGGGGGAGGUCCGUGUUAUUUCUCUGGAACAGUGCCAGUCAUACUUUGACAUGAAGACCAUCACCACCCGGAUGAUCUGUGCAGGCUACGAGUCUGGCACUGUCGACUCGUGCAUGGGUGACAGUGGUGGGCCUCUGGUUUGUGAGAGACCUGGAGGACAGUGGACACUGUUUGGUUUAACGUCAUGGGGUUCCGUCUGCUUUUCCAAAGUCCUAGGGCCUGGAGUGUACAGCAAUGUAUCAUACUUUGUUGAAUGGAUUGAAAGACAAAUAUAUAUCCAGACAUUUCUCCAAAAGCAACUCCAAGGAUGAUAAGAGACUUGCCAGCAACCUUCACCAAGGAUGGCUCUCCUGAUCAUGAAGGAGCGUCCUGCGAGAGCUGUGCAGAGCUUCUUCUCAUGGACCAGAGGCUCAACAUGCACUGCAACAUUUGCUUGUAUUAGACCAAGUUUACUCAGACUAUUUUUUUCAAUUUUAUUUCUCCCUAAUUUGAUGAAAGACUUUUAAAAAAGCACAGAAAAGUAGGGUUUUUUUCUUUUUCUUUAACUAGGCUAACCUUGACUAUAGUACAGAAUGAUCAACUCUGUAGAGGAAAAAUUUAAGAACCAUUGGUAACACGUUAUAGAAAAUUCCCUUUGAUUCUCUCAUGAAGAGGACAUUGAGAUCCACGCUGACUGAUCUGCAGUUUCUGCUCAAGCACCAUGGCUUAGAGAGCACAUUUCAAUAUUAACCUUGGAGAAUGACUUUUAAUAUAUAGAGAGCCAAGAUUAUGUACGUGCUUAUGUUAUUUACUAUUCCUCCUGUAAUUCGGAAAGAUUAUGAAAGUCAGAGUAAAGACCAAUAGCAUUGAUCUAGACAGCUGAAAUUGCAAGACACAUGGAAGGCAAAAUCUCUAGACAUCAGUACUAACACUAGGCAGUAUAAGUCUAUCCAUCCUGCAUUCUAAUCAAGCUUGUAAUUUUCUAGAAGAGUCUCUGUAUGAUUUUCCCCCUCACUGGGGCCUUACAACUGUAUCCCAGUUGGAUGACUGAGAUUUCAGCAACUAGGCUAAUCCUCAUAGAACUAUUUUGACCUUAUCUGAAAAUAAAGUUCAGAUUAACCUUUUCCAAAGGAGACCCUGUUCUAUAUUGGACACAUGCAAUUUAAAAAAAGAAAAAUAAAAUCACAUGGUAUCCUAUCCCUCAAUUAUAUAUGAAAAUUGAUCUUCAUGUGUUCACCCAUACCAAUAAAGACACAGAAAUAUAUUUCUAAAUACAGUAAAACACUAGAUGUUGUAAAAUAUUUUGAAAUUUUCACCUAAUAACGUCUAACAUCUGGUGGUGCCACUGCGCCUCACAGAUCAGUAAAACAUUUUAAAGAUGCUUUUAAGCACCAGGCCACUUUACACAAAUCAAUUUCUGAAGCAAUUAGUGGUUAAAAGUAUUUUUCUCCACUAAAAAGCUUCAA